GUCUCUGUACGCAUAAAGUACCUUCAGUGCGCAUAACCUAAAAACGUCUAAAAGUAAAUAUAAAUAAAUAAAAGCUGAAUGACAAUUGAAAUAAAAGCUAAUAAUUAAACAAUAAGUAUUAAUAAUGAAUAAAUUAUUAAAGUCUAAGCAUAAAAUAACAAUAGCAGUACUUGUGUAAAUAGUGUAGAUAAAAAAAACUUAUUUAUAUUAUAUUAAUAUUAAUUAAAGUUACAAUAAUUUAAAAUCGGUAGAGAAAAUAAUUAAUAUAUAAUUAAAUAAUAUAAUAAAAAUACUUAAAAAAUGAAUCCAUCGCUGAGACACCGGUACGAAGGACAAUUGCACAAGUACACGAAUGCCAUGAAAGGGUGGCAGUUCAGGUGGUUCAUCCUCAGCCCGGAGACUGGCGAGCUACACUACUUCCUCAGCGAGGCUGAGAAAAACCAGCGGCCCAGGUGCUCUAUUUAUUUAGCUGGAGCUGUCAUUGCUCCUAGUGAUGAGGAUUCUAAUACUUUUACUGUCAACUCUGCUACUGGUGAUAUGAUUAAACUACGAGCCACAGACGCUCGAGCGCGGCAAGAAUGGGUCGACAAAUUGCGAGCAGUUACAGAAAUGUACACCAGAGCGAUAGCUAGCAGCCACCCGCCAUUGCCGCCUCGAGAGCACUCUUCAACCACCCCCAGGACUCCAGUAGACAAGCUCGAGGUCCUCGACGCGUUCGCAAACUGCCGGGAAGUACUGACCAAGCUCGAGAAGCAGAACCGAGUUCUGGUGGACGCCAUCGAAACUUCCGAGUUCCACCUGGACCCCGACCUCCUGGUGCUCAAGGCUCUUGUACAAUCUACUGUUACUACUUUAAAUCAAUGUUUAAAUAUUCUGUACAAAUAAUUUAUUAUUAAUUAAGGACUUAAGUAUUUAUCAAUUUUCAAGAGAUAAUUAAUGAAGGUAGCUUCAGAAUAAGUUUUUUUUUUUAGUUAUUUUUUAAAGGCCUAUUAAACUUU